UUAAGUGUUAUACAGAUGAUUAGUAUAAUUCUCUUAUCUUAUAGGCAAUCUGUUCAUAUUGGAUAUACAGAUUUCACAGAAGAAGAUGUUUCAAGAAUUAUUACAGAGUUAGGCAAAGAUUUCCGAGGCGAUCGUUAUCAUUUGAUGAACAAAAAUUGUAAUCAUUUCAGCAGUCAGUUUACAUUGAUUCUGUGUGGACAGGAAAUACCUGGUUGGGUAAAUCGUUUGGCAUAUUUCAGUUCAUGUGUACCGUUUCUUCAACGUUGUUUGCCAAAGGAAUGGCUAACACCUGAUGCUUUACAACAUUCUCUAAGUCAAAUUAGUCAUCAUGAAAGUACGCCACCAUCGGAUACCUCGUUGUAACAUUUGGCUAAUGCUAUUGAAAUACACGGUCUAAAAUGCCGUAGAAGUUAUACAUUUUAGAUAAUUAAACAUUAUAAAAAGAAAUAUUAAUUAGGACUGACUAUUGUCAAGAUUUGAAAACCUGAGAAACUGAACCGUCAAGACAAGGUACAAAUUUGCUAUUGUACACUUGAAUGCGACUGCUGACAAUUAGUACCGAAAAAAAUUGCCUUUGCUGCAACGUGUUGUUUCCUAAGACGGCAAUUCAUAAUGUCGUAUGUGUUCUUUGUUGAAUAAUACAGUCAAGAUAGGAUAGUUACAUAAAAAAUAGAUAAUUCUGUAUAAAUUUAAGCCAUAUAAUGAGCAAAGAACUUGUUUAUCGAUCAGAAAAAAACUUUAUAUUAGCAAAAUAUACAUUGAAAUCCAUUUGUUUUUUUAUAAAGACUUUUAUUUUUUAUGCUUGCAAAACGGUAUGUUUCAAAGUAUAAUGCAUGCCUGUCAGAAAUAAAUAUAUGUUAUAUGUAAGGCA